UUCUGUUCUCCAGACUUUUCAAUAUUAAAAAGUCAGCGAUUUACGGUGCGACGUUUGUGUUUCCGCAUAGCUCGCGAUCUAUAUCGUAUCGCUCGCUUCCACGGGAUCUAUUCCGUUUAGGUCUCCGUAUCUGGAUCACAGUUGGAUCUAGCAUUAGAGUGGUCUGCGGAUCUGCGCUGUCUCCGAUUUUCUCCGUGUUGGAAACUUGGAACUAUUGUUUGCCAAAUUAAGUAGGUAGUUUGCCAAAUUAAGUAAAAAAACCUGAUUGUUGGGGCCAUCACCUGUGGCCAGUUUGGCAAACAUGGCUGAAAAAGCCAGCGAUAAUACCCAUGAUGCAGAAGAUAAUUAUGAGCCUUUUUCCAUCGAGAAACUCGCUAGCCUAUUCCCUGAUGGAACGGCCAAAGAUCAGUGGUCCUUCGGAAGGCUGAUACCCUUGAUACGAAAGAUGAUUCCAGCCAUUGCCAGUGAUCUGGAGAACGUACAGAAAUACCCAGUCUACCACGAGGAUCUCAACGGCCUCAUCACCAAGUCCAAGUGUAUCGAUACUCAAGUGCCCGCGCUGAUCUCACCGAUCGUGCAAGAAAACCAAAGACUGAAAGCCAAGCUUUCUUCAUUGGAAGCCCAAGUGAAAGAGCUACAAGAACGUCAGAAAAAGUAUGACGACAUCUCCAUGUCGCUACAGGUUCUCAGGGACGAAAUCAAUGCCGUAAAAACAGCGCAGCCUGUACCCUCCACGAGCACCGUCGAUGUCGGCCGAUUAGUACUCCAACCCUCCGGGUUUCGAUCGGUCGCCGAGACUCCUGCCAAGACGCCUGUGGAGCAACCAUCCACCACCGAUUCCCCACACGAGCCAAACACAACCCCUGACAUGAAAGUGCCCCAGACGCGCUUUGAUACCACCCCCCGUGACGCUUCGAACUCGAAAGCACCCUGGGCCACCGUAGCUAAAAAAGGAAAAGUGGUCCGUGGCACGCGUGAAAAAACCACCAGCGCAAGCGAGGACAUCGUCAUGUCUGCCCUGCAGAUCCGGCGAGCCCCCAAAGUUGAGAAAGAGAAGGUGAAAAAGAACUUUUGUCUACAUGGCAUCCCCCCUCGGGAGCAGACCGAACACGAGACUCUCGACGAGUACAGCAAGGACCUCAAGGCAAUUAUCGAAUCUAUUGGAAUCUCUGUGAGAUUUGUUUCAAUUUAUUCUGCUAAAAACGGCCGCCAGACGCAGGAAUUUCUGGACAUGGAUGCCGCCGAAUUGAAGCAGCUGAUCGUCUCCGAUGAGCUGAAGGCGGAGAAGGAGGAGCAAGUGGCCGACGCGGUUGUUCGUUGCCUGGAUCAUUCCCUCCAGCAGCGAUCGCGAUAUGCUGUAAAACUGGUGCGGUGUAUCCGGGUGUCCCUGCUGACCGCCGAAUAUAUGGCUUCCCUUCCUGGCACUCUUGUCGGGCAGCAUGUUCAGCAAGCUGUCUUUUCUAGAGCCAACGAUGCACACCGACACCGUAGCUCCUACCAGCCUGUAAUCGUUUUCUUAUGGGGCUGCAACCAGCAGACGAACAGAGCGGGGCAAAGCAACGCUGUCGGACUGUACUGCCUGGAUCCGCUGACGGGGCAGCAGUGGAGCGUGCCGUGCGCCGUUCCACCGAGCAGCUGGAGCGGUCCGCUGGUAUACAUGGUGAAGGAUGGCCAGCUGCGCAUCUACGUCCUGGUGUAUCUGGGCGGUCCCACCUCGUGCCGUCUGCUGUUCUACGAGACCGGCGUGGAUCGGUGGACGAGGGUGGGGACCUUUUUUGUCCGCCACGCCUGGCUGACGGCGAUUGAUGAGCGUCUCUACAUGCUGGGUGGCGAGCGCGAGCUGUGUGCUUUCGACGAGGAACUCCGCCAGAUUACCGUUAAAGGCAAGAUGCCGGCGAUGCUGUAUGGGUGUGCCAGUGUAGCGUCCUACGGCCGGUUGUAUUUAUUCGGAGGAAAGGGUUGGUCGGCGCACGAUUCCCUGUACCUUCCCACCAUGAUGGCCUACCGCUACGACCCGGAACCCGACCGGUGGGAGGAGCUGGCGCCGAUGCCGACAGCGCGCUCCCAUGCCGAGCAUGUGUCGGCCCGGAUGGGCUUAUUUAUGUUGUGGGCGGGUGUAAGGCGAAGCACUUUGAUGAAGCCCUGAAAUGUGUGGAAGCAUACAACGUCCAGACGAACCAGGGGAUACCGAAGCGGUCCAUGAAUGUUGCGAGGUCGAAGAUCGGGCUGUGCGUCUGGAAGAUAAACUGUAUGCUACAGCAGGCCUCACGGGAGGAAAUUUGGGCGGGCCUAAUGUGACCGAGUGCUACGACACGAAAACCAACUGCUGGUCAAAGUGCGAACCGGCCUUUUCACCGCAGUGGAACAUGCACUGUGCCGUGGUGCAGCGCUACAUUGCCUGGAAGAACCUGCAGCGGUCCAGCACCGGGGUCUGUGGCUAUUAUCCUGUUCGUCUGCGCCGUACGUUGUGUUGUAUGUACUCGUCGUCGUCGUGUUAUUUUUUUUCUAUUUCUCGUACUAAAUCUGACAUGAUCCUGUACAGAUGUUAUAACUAUUAUUAUUAUCGUUAUCUUUCUUGACGAUAACCUUCUUAAUUUUGGAAGCAUUACCGGUGGCGUUAAGUAUUGUUUAAGUUCAUUCAUUCAUUAUGAACCAUUUCUUAGUGUAACGAAGAUGUUACUUGUUAUUAUUGUUACUUGUUGAGUUAUUAGUUUUUGUUGUAGUCUACCUCCUUGUGCCGGAGCAAUCCUGUUAAAUUGUAGACGCUAAACAGAAUA